AUCCCUGGAGUAAACAGAGCAAACACUGCAUUGUAUCUGGACCGCAUGUCCAAUUUGAGGCACAAGGAAAGUGCUGGUGAUGCCCACAGGUCCUCCAAUGCGCACAUUUUGUGUAAUGACUCUGCUGAAUUCUGUGGCCAGGUAGUAUGUUUAUAAUGAUUGCUGUAUCUCAAGUGGAAGGAUUCCAUAUUGCCAACAUGUGUUGCAUGACGAUGAUGGGAAAAUUAUAUUAGCCAUUCCUGCUGCUAAAAUUAUAAUAUUCUCAUAAGCUAACAUGCCUUUAAUGUACUAGACAUUGUUUUAAGUGCCUUACAUGUAUUAUCUCAUUUGUUUACAACAGCAACACUAUUAUUAUCAUCUCCUUUUUGCAGAUAACCAAACAUAAUUGGUAGGAUGGAACAUACUAGCUUCUGAUACAAAGAGAACACCUGAAUUCAGAGCAGUACUAUUUAUCUAGGAUUCAAAACAACCACAGGUCAAUAAAUAAUCCACAACCACAAAACAGCCCCAGAGCUCCUAAUCAAAUUUUUAAAAAUUUCAGCUCUAAUGUUAGAAUCAUGUAGCCCACUUAAACACUGCAAAGUUUCUUCAUACACAUUCUCUUAUGUAAUGUUUUUAAUGUUGCUCUGAGUAUGACGGAAAAAGCAUGAUAAGACUCAUCUUGUUAGAGAAAACGGAGGCUCGAAGGUAGUGACUUGUCCAGAGUCCAUGCUCUCGUGGCAGUGACCACCCCCAAGGCAGCCCAGUGCUGCCCCCCAUUCCCUGCAGCACUGGCGGGGAUACCCUAAAAUAUCCUAAAGCUCUGGUUUUCACCUGAGGGUUGUUUUGUAAGCUUGUGAUUCUUUGGAAAGCUGACCUCUAAGAAAACUGUGUUAACUGGAAUCUUAGAAUAACUAGAUCCUUCUGCAUUUCUCAAUGAUUCUAUAAAAUCAGGGUUUUACUUGAGUACCCCCUCUAGUAUAACACCAAGGGCCCAGCUAAAGUUAGUAAGCUCAGAUUUUUCCAGAAUCCAGAAAAGCAGCAAAGCUCAUUUUUCUUUGUGUUCACGUUCCUUCUGGUUUUUAGUAUUGGAAGCUAAUGAACUGGUCUAACCUUUUAUAAUCUGGAUUCCUUUAGCACUAAGGUAAACCUAGCCUCGCUGCUGAGUAUAAGCAUCUUUACCUCUUUUCUGCUUCUUUCUCCCAUCCCGGUGGGAAAUCUUAGCAGGUGCUCCUGCAGACAGAUGGUUACCUUUGUAGUCUGGGGUGAGUGGAAGGCCCCCCUUAGGACCGUGAGGACAGGGCACAGUCAUAGCCUCUUCAGGAGCCCUGUUCUUUAGCGCAUUUUUAUUUCCUCCCAGGAGACCCUAGGAUGGACUGAGGCCUCAUUUAGUUUUUACCCACUGACUCGGGGCUCAUGAAUUUGCUUCUUUGACUUUCGGUGGAUAAUUCACUUUCUCAGAGUACAUCUGGGCCUCUUGGAUCCUCCGGAGGAGGGGCGGUUUGAGGAGGUCCCUGUGGUGUUUGAGGAUGUGGCGGUGUAUUUCACUCGGGAGGAGUGGGGCAUGCUAGACAAGCGGCACAAGGAGCUGUACAGAGACGUGAUGCGGAUGAAUUAUGAGCUGUUGGCAUCCCUGGGGCCUGCUGCUGCCAAGCCAGACUUGAUCUCAAAACUGGAGCGCAGAGCUGCACCCUGGAUCAAGGACCCCAACAGACCAAAGUGGGGAAAUGUUCAUCCUCCAGGGAAGAAGAAGAAAGUGGCUGUUAGAGAAGCAGACACACAACACUCGGCUUUAGAAUCUCCAUUGCUUCCAGCUCCUUCUGUGGAGACAUGUAUCUCCUACUAUAAUUCCAGCCUUUGUGAAGUCGAAGUAGAUGGACCAAGGGAAACCAAAAGGACUUACAGACCCCGUUCAAUUCAGAGGUCGUGGUUUGGUCAGUUCCCAUGGCUAGUAAUUGAUCCAAAAGAGACCAAACUCUUCUGCUCAGCUUGCAAAGACAGACCUAGUCUCCACGACAGAUCAUCCCGGUUAGUGCGAGGUUACACAGGGCCUUUCAAAGUGGAGACUUUAAAAUACCAUGAAGUCAGCAAAGCACAUAAGCUCUGCGUCAACACCACUGAGAGCAGAGAGGACACCCCCCAGGCUGCCCUCGUCCCAGAGAUCUCCAGUGACCUGAUGGCAAACAUGGAGCACUUUUUCAAUGCCGCCUACUCCAUUGCGUACCACUCGAGGCCCCUGAAUGACUUUGAGAAGAUUCUGCAGCUCCUCCAAAGCACUGGGACCGUGAUUUUGGGCAAGUACCGAAACCGCACAGCAUGCACGCAGUUCAUCAAGUACAUCUCUGAGACGCUGAGGAGGGCGAUCCUGCAGGAUGUCCGGGGCUCCCCCUGCGUGAGCGUGUUGCUGGACGGCUCCAUAGACGCCGCCGGCCAGGCCUGCGUGGGGAUCUACCUCCGCUACUUCAAGGAGACGGAGGUGAAGGAGGCCUACCUCACUCUGGCCCCACUCUACAGUGAGACGGUGGAUGGGUACUUUGAGACCAUCAUUUCUGCCCUGGACGAGCUGGACAUCCCUUUCCGGAAGCCUGGUUGGGUGGUGGGCCUGGGAACCGACGGCUCAGCCAUGCUGAGCUGCAGAGGAGGUCUGGUGGGGAAGUUCCAGGAGGUCCUUCCCCAGCUGCUGCCUGUCCACUGUGUGGCUCACCAGCUACACCUGGCCGUGGUAGAUGCCUGUGGGGGCAUCGACCUGGUGAGGAAGUGUGACCGGCACAUCCGAACCAUCUUCAGAUUCUAUCAGUCUUCCCACAAGAGGCUGAAUGAGCUGCAGGAAGGGGCAGCUCCCCUGGAGCAGGAGAUCAUCCGCCUAAAGGACCUGAACGCCGUCAGGUGGGUGGCCAGCAGGAGGCGCACGCUGAACGCGCUCAUCCUGAGCUGGCCCGCCCUGGCCAGGCAUCUUUACAGUGUGGCGGAGGCCGGAGGCCGGAGCGGGCACAGGGCCAAAGGCAUGCUGAAGCUGAUGAAGAGCUUCCACUUCAUCAAGUUCUGCCAUUUCCUCUUGGACUUCCUGAGCAUCUACAAGCCUUUGUCUGAGGUGUGCCAGAAAGAGCUCGUGCUGAUUACAGAGGUGAACGCCACCCUGGGCCGGGCCUAUGUCGCCCUGGAGACUCUCCGCCGCCAGGCAGGGCCCAAGGAGGAAGAGUUCAAUGCCGGCCUCAAGGAUGGGCAGCUCCAUGGCAUCUUCUUGGACAGGAUGGAGAUGGCAGAACAGCGGUUCCAGGCAGACAGGGAGAGGGUGAUCCUCACUGGGAUCGAGUAUCUCCAGCAAAGGUUUGACACAGACCGUCCCCCGCAGCUCAAGAACAUGGAGGUAUUUGACACCAUGGCCUGGCCAAGUGGGAUUGAACUUGCCAGUUUUGGGAAUGAUGAUAUUCUUGCCCUUGCCAGAUACUUUGAGCUCUCACUCCCCGCAGGAUACAGCGAGGAGGCCCUCCUGGAGGAGUGGUGGAGCCUGAAGGCCAUCGCCCAGAACCUCCCGUUCUCCAUGCUGUGCAAGAACGCCCUGGCGCAGCACUGCCGCUUCCCCCUGCUGAGCAGGCUCCUGGCAGUGGUGGUCUGUGUGCCGGUCUCCUCCUCCUGCUGUGAGCGAGGGUUCAGUGCCAUGAACCGGAUCAGGACCGAUGAGAGGACUAAGCUUUCCAGCGAGGUGAUCAACAUGCUCAUGAUGACAGCCGUGAAUGGGGUGGCAGUCACAGAGUACGACCCCCAGCCUGCCAUCCAGCACUGGUACCUGACCUCCUCGGGCCGGCGUUUCAGCCAUGUCUACACCUGUGCUCAGGUGCCACCCCACUCCCGUGCAAGGGCAGGGCUCAGGAAGGAGAGGAUGGGAGCGCUCUAUACGGAGGAGGCAGUGACCCAGAAGCAGGCCCUCCCAUCCUGCAGGGAACCAGUGGAGCUCCUGAAGGCCUGCAUCGCGGACCCUCCCGACAGACUCCUGUAUGCCCAUGCCAGCCCAGAGGCCCCCAAGCUGUCCUGAUAGAGAGCUCAUGGAGGGGCAGCAGUCCCAGGCUUGUCCUGCUCCUCAUGACCAUGGAGACAGGCUCUCUGCGGAUUCUAGGCUGCCCGAGAAGCUCCACUUUGGGGGACUCUUCAAGCACCAGUAAGUGGGCAGUGACAAGAUGGUUAAGCCCACAUCCCAGGGAGGCAGGUAAUCGGGAACGUGCAGCCUGUUGUACCAAGACUCUAAGCAGAGUGGUGAUUUCACAGCACUUAAAUAUGCAGAAAGGUUCUUAACUCAAGUUCAUUUUUCAGGUGCUUCAGGAAAUAAUCCCAUCAUCAAAGAUUUCACCCCAUGUUUUGGUGGCCAGAGGACUUUCUGAAGUAGGAGAAAAUGUUGGGGGCUGGGGUGUAAAGGAACCCCUUGUCCCCUGGACAGCUGGGAGCUUCUGGGAUCUGUCACCCUGGGAUUGUGGAGCCUUGACUUCAAGUGGGAGACUCAUGUUAGAGACUUUCUUUACCUCCUCCCGGGGCCUCCCUUUGGGAUGAGGCAAGCAAAAUGCCUUUGCACAGAGCGCUCAAGAAAGGAGAUUUGCAGCACCGGACCGCAGAGGAAGCAUCUCCCCGGAGGGAGCCUGCAGCUUCCCGCCAGUCACGGUGCUUGUGCUUCACCUGCAUCGUGCUGAGCCUGGUUUCCUUAGCAGCGGGCAAGACCAGGCCUGUACUUGGAAGGCUUGGGAUCUGGCCCCAGAUCUGCUGCAGGCAGUGGUUCAGCCACAAUUAAUCCUUGCCUCUUUUCUGUGCCUCAGUUUCCCUCUCUGUGCAUGGCAGCAGAGACUCCAAGUGCCUGCUUUCUCCCAGUCUGCCACAGGAUUAAUGAAUGACUGUGCGUCCAGCUCCCUGAAAGAUGGACAUUGGGCUGCACAGAGUGGACUUUACUGCCUUCAGCCCUUGUCCUUGUCCAUCGCCACUGAUGUCCUUAUUGUGGGAAGAGGUGCUCUCUAAACAUGCCAUCAUGUUUGGUCUAGACCACGCUUCCCAAGGUUGCUCUGGGGACCCAACCUAGGAAUCGCUGGGGGGUGCUUACUAAGUAUACUCCACCCCAGACCCUCUUGCUCAGAUUCCCAGGCCUGAGGCUCCAUGACCGGCUGUUUUCACGUGCCCAUUCAAGCUUGAGAAGCAACUACCCUGCAGGCAAAGAGGGCAUCCAGUGCUUCGAGCUUCCCGUGGGCCCUUGCCCUUUUCCCUCCAGGACAGCCUCGUUCUGGUAGGCUCCCAGGCUGCUUGUCCAGCUGGGGUGAUGCAGUGCCUCGGUCCCGCCUUCCUAACCAUUGGAGGAAAACCAGGGGAGGUUAGAGGAAAGGGUCCCUCAGCCCCUGCCUUACAUGUGUGUAGACAGGCAGGAAACAGUGCUCCAUUCUGGCUUUGCUUGCUGCCUGGCUCCUGGCUGUGGUCCCUGCUCAGUGCUGCAAGUCCAAGUGGUCUGGACCUUAACCAGUCUGUCCACUUCCCAUGCCUGAAGGUUCUGGAAGCCCCUGAGGUAUGGCAUCCAGGUGUUUCGCCGUAUGGCAGACUCACUGGUUCCCCGUGUUUCUGACUCCUUCCUGUCACCCCAUCCUCAGCACUCAGCCUUUGUCACUGCUUUCCUGUUUUCUUCAGCUUCCAGCCAGGAAUUCCAUUCUCACUUCUGCCUCUCAUUAUGCAGAAAAAUCUCUCUCCCAACCCCAAAGUCUGGGGUCUGAGGUGUACCACAGGCCUUGGAGCCAGGGUUCCGGCAGCAUUACUGUCCACUUGGCCACCAUUCAUGUAGGUGUCUGUGGGGAUUCUGGAGUCUGCCCUAGGCCAGGGACCAUGACUGAAUUGGUGGGAUGGAAGGGAGGAAGGCCCUUGAGAGUGGGGGAUGUAGCCGGGACCCUAGGGGUAAGCAUUCCGAAUUGAGGCAGCUUUCCUGCAAGCUGUGGCACCUUCUGUCCUUGAAGAAUCCUCAGAGCAAAAGUCUGGUCCAGAGAGCAACACUGUGAGUUCCGCACACACAGCUCCCUACACCAUGGGUCUAGGCCCUGAGGUGGAGCCCAGGUGGGGAUGCACCCUGCCUCCCGACAUCUGUGCCCUGAGGAAGUUGGCUUGCUUGGAAUGGGUGACUGAAAAUGCUGUUUUUCGUAGGGGUUUGCACUCACUACUCAAGUUUCUCAAGGAACUUGGGUCUGCCCCGGCUCCUCUUUGUCAGCUAAAGGCAGAGAGGACAUUUUUUGUAUAGGGCCGUAGGGCUGAGACGCAGUGAGCACGCAUUGCCCAGGCUGCCCUCUGUCUUGUUUCAGACCCCAAGGCCCAGAGAUCCCACAGUUGGAGAGGCUUCUUCUUUUUGCCUUACAAGAGAUCAGGCUGAAGGGUAUAGGGAAUAACUGAAGCAAGCACUGCCUUGGCCAGAGUCCUAGCCGCCUGGUACCUCCACCCUCCUUCCUGCCAGUAGCCUGGCUGCACCACUCACACAUCGCUUGACUGAUGCCCGCAGGGUCUGACUUUCUGAAUAACCAGCAUUAUGGCUGACAGCGCUUUCAGUAGCCAUACAGACCCCGGGGGAGGGGAUGGUCCUCAGCCUCGUCCUAGCCAGACAUGGUAAUGUGCAUCCCCUCCAGACCUUUCGCUCCUCUCUGAACCCCAGGUUGAGUUCCUAGGGUGCUAGGUAUUUAGCAAGACGUGUGAAGAUUGGCCAGUUCCCUCUUCCAGGCAUCUUGAGCCGAGGGCACUGAGUGAUUGGCCCAGGGAUGUCUUCUCUCGUUUCAAAGAUGUUCAAAUAAAGUUUUAAAACCAUG